AAGAGAAAACGCUUCCACCACGUGGUCGGGAACGGACGGCUGUGAUCGCGUCGCUCCUCCGCCGGCUCUGCUUCUGGGUGAGCUAGUCAGUAGUUCUCCAUGGCGGCGGUUGCGGCGAGGGCGGGCGCGGCGGCCCGGCGGCUGUGCCACGCGGCGGCGGCGCAGCCCCCGCGCCUGAAGAAGCUCGCGCUGCACCCGCCCAAAUCGGUAGAGGUUCAAUUUGCAGAUGGCAGUACAUUCCAUCUGUCAGCUGAGUUUCUCAGAGUCUACAGCCCAGCAGCUGACAGCAAGAUCAGAUCAAUAGCUGGCGAGAAGGUUAUAUUUGGGCGCCGACAUGUUGGAAUUAUGUCAGCCGAAUCAAUAGGAAACUAUGGAGUCCGUCUCAUCUAUAGCGACUCUUUUGGACCACAGGAUACUGUUUGAUGAUUUGCACAAGACUGGGAUCUUCACUUGGGAUUACUUGCACCAUCUGGGUUCUAACAAAUUCAGUCUGUCACGAAAUUAUAUCAAAACUUUGAGGAAACACGGUCUUAGUCGGGAUCCUCAGAGAAGAAAAUGAUGGUAAGUAUUUGUGUGUCUUAAGCAUGUAGGUACGACGGAACUCAAAUAGGGUUUGCCUGCCAUGUGGAUGGAUGGAGCUUCUACAUGUGCACACAAAAUCUCUUAAUUCAGAUAACUUAUUACAUAGUGUCAGAAACUGUGUUUCCAUUUAGAAUAUGAUAAUAUUCUUUACACUGA